UCUACCUUUUUUUCAGUUUUCUAAACAGAUGAAUUUUUCAAAAUUAUUCGUCUUCCAAAAAAGUAAACAGAAUUAAUUAAUAAAAAAAAGCAAAAUAUUCUAUCAAAAUGGAUUUAUUGAAUUCAAUAUUAAAUUCAAUGGAUAAACCACCCGCUGUAAAUGAAAAAGAUAGAGAACUUAUUAAAAAACAAAAGGAGCACCUCGAAAAAAUGAAGAUCAAAGAAAAAGAGGAAAUCAAUCGUUUUCGAAAAUACGCUCAAGAUAGAAUUGAUCGAUUUUCCAAAGAUGAAAGGCGUUACAUUGAAUUUGAACCAAUGGAUAAAGUUUACAGAGGAAUAAUACAUGAAGUAGCCGAGGUGGGAGGUCUUGUGGCAAUCAGUUUUGGAAUCGAAGGACAUGAUCGGUAUUCUGUUGUCUACAAGAGGGAAUUUACACCUUCAGAAGACGAAGUUAAAGCGAGACGCAAUGGUUGCCAUUGGAAUGAAAAAACAGCAAAGGAAUAUGCUAAAAUGAGAUUAGAACAAAAACAAAUUGAAGUUGAAAGAAGACAAUCUCCGGAAAAGAUAAAUCCUACAACAAAUUACAAAGAUAAAUAUGCUCAUUUAAUUGGUCAGGAAGCGGCAUUAGAAGCCGCUAGAAAGACAGAGACAAAUGAAUCUUAUGGAUUCGUGCCCAGCAAAAAUAAAAAAGAUCUGAGAUCUAUAGAGCAGACAAUGGCUGAUAUACAAGCUAAAAAACGUCUUAAAAUUGAAACUGAGAAUGAAAUUAAUAAAUAAAAACUGCAUUUAAAGCAGUCAAUGUUGAAAAUAUUAUUAUAUAAUACCAAAUAAUUUUUAGGUAUAAUUUAAAGCAAUAACAUAAUUAUUAUUAAAAUUUCUCCAAAUUAAAACAUAAAAAUUAAAAUUAAAAAAAAAAAAAAAAAAAAAAACGUCGCAGUAACUAUAAAAUAUC